AUGAUGCAAGAAUCCGGGCCGGAGACAAAAAGCAAUGGUUCGGCCAUCCAGAACGGGUCCGGCAGCGGCAGCCACUUGCUAGAGUGCGGGAGCCUUCGGGAGGCGCGGGCCAACGGGGAGGCGGCCGUGGACGUGGCGCCGGCCGACCUGGCCCACGCGCAGCAGCAGCAGGCUCUUCAGGUGGCAAGACAGCUCCUCCUCCAGCAGCAGCAGCAGCAAGUUAGUGGCAUCAAGUCUCCCAAGAGGAAUGACAAGCAGCCAGCCCUGCAGGUGCCCGUGUCAGUGGCUAUGAUGACACCUCAAGUGAUCACCCCCCAGCAGAUGCAGCAGAUCCUGCAGCAGCAAGUGCUGAGCCCUCAGCAGCUCCAGGUGCUCCUGCAGCAGCAGCAGGCCCUCAUGCUCCAGCAGCAGCAGCUUCAAGAGUUUUAUAAAAAACAACAGGAGCAGUUGCAGCUUCAACUUUUACAACAACAACAUGCUGGAAAACAGCCUAAAGAGCAGCAGCAGGUGGCUCCCCAGCAGCUGGCUUUCCAGCAGCAGCUCUUGCAGAUGCAACAGCUCCAGCAGCAGCACCUCCUGUCCCUGCAGCGCCAAGGCCUCCUGUCACUGCCACCCGGCCAGCCCGCGCUGCCCCUGCAGCCCCUCUCGCAAGGCAUGAUUCCAGCAGAACUGCAGCAGCUCUGGAAAGAGGUGACGAGUGCGCACCCUGCCGAGGAGACCACGGGCAGCAGCCACAGCAGCGUGGAUCUGACCACGGCCACCUGUGUCCCCUCCGCCCCUGCCAAGACCUCCCUCAUCAUGAACCCACAUGCCUCUACCAAUGGACAGCUCUCAGUCCACACCCCCAAGAGGGAAAGCAUGCCCCACGAGGAGCACCCCCACAGCCAUCCGCUCUAUGGACACGGCGUGUGCAAGUGGCCAGGCUGCGAAGCAGUGUGCGAAGACUUCCCAUCGUUUCUGAAACAUCUCAACAGUGAGCAUGCGCUGGACGAUAGAAGUACAGCUCAAUGUAGAGUACAAAUGCAGGUUGUUCAGCAGUUAGAGCUACAGCUUGCAAAAGACAAAGAACGCCUGCAAGCCAUGAUGACCCACCUGCACGUGAAGUCCACGGAGCCCAAAGCCACCCCGCAGCCCCUGAACCUGGUGUCCAGCGUCACGCUCUCCAAGUCCGCGCCGGAGGCCUCCCCGCAGAGCUUACCCCACACGCCCACCACGCCCACCGCGCCCCUCACGCCCGCCACCCAGGGCGCCUCCGUCAUCACCACCACCAGCAUGCACACCGUGGGGCCCAUCCGCAGGCGCUACUCGGACAAGUACAACGUGCCCAUUUCCUCAGCAGAUAUUGCGCAGAACCAAGAAUUUUAUAAGAAUGCAGAAGUUAGACCACCAUUUACAUAUGCAUCUUUAAUUAGGCAGGCCAUUCUCGAGUCUCCAGAAAAGCAGCUAACACUAAAUGAAAUCUAUAACUGGUUCACACGAAUGUUUGCUUACUUCCGGCGCAACGCAGCCACGUGGAAGAAUGCAGUGCGUCAUAAUCUUAGUCUCCACAAGUGUUUUGUGCGAGUAGAGAACGUUAAAGGGGCGGUAUGGACAGUGGAUGAAGUAGAGUUCCAAAAACGAAGGCCACAAAAGAUCAGUGGUAACCCUUCCCUCAUCAAAAACAUGCAGAGCAGCCACGCCUACUGCACGCCUCUCAACGCGGCUUUGCAGGCUUCCAUGGCUGAGAACAGCAUACCUCUGUACACCACCGCUUCCCUGGGCAACCCCGCCCUCGGCGGCCUGGCCAGCGCCAUGCGGGAAGAGCUCAACGGGGCGGUGGAGCACGCCAACAGCACCGAGAGCGACAGCAGCCCCGGCAGAUCGCCCGUGCAGGCCGUGCAUCCGGUGCACGUCAAGGAGGAGCCCCUGGACCCGGAGGAGGCCGAGGGGCCGCUGUCCUUGGUGACCACAGCCAACCACAGCCCCGAGUUUGACCAGGACAGAGAUUACGAAGACGAAGCGGUAAACGAGGACAUGGAAUGA